GGAGUCCUGAGUAUUGUGUAUUGCAUUCUUCAGAAAUCGAAUUUUGUGUUCGAUUUUGAGACAUGUUUAGCUUUAUUUGUUGGAAUUAGUUAGUGUUGUUUAGUUGCAAUAAAUUAAAUAAACAAACUCCAACAUGGCUUUACGAACGUACGGCGAUAAGCCGAUUAGUUUCCAGAUUGAAGAAGGAGGAGAAUUUUAUUGUGUUGGCUCAGAGGUCGGCAAUUACCUGCGGUUGUUCCGUGGGUCUCUAUAUAAAAAGUACCCUGGCAUGGUCAGGAGGACCCUGACCAAUGAAGAAAGAAAGCGUCUGGUUGACAAUGGGCUAGGCCAGCAUGUUCUAUCGAGUUCUGUGUCAUUGCUGAAAGCAUCAGAAGUAGAAGAUAUUAUAGAAGGGAAUGAUGAUAAAUACAAAGCAGUAUCAGUCAGUCAGGAGCUAGCGACGCCUCGGGAAAGUAAAAGUAAAAAGCCACAUAAUCCAUCAUGGAUGCCUGUGAUGCCAAACUCCUCACACUUGGAUGCCGUGCCUCAAGCCACUCAGAUUAGCAGGACCAGGGUUCACAACAAGAAGGUGCGCACCUUCCCCCUAUGCUUUGACGACACGGACAUGACGGCGAUGCUGGAGAACGCCUCCCAGAAGCAGAUCCUUGUCCCCAUCCGCCUCGACAUGGAGAUUGAAGGCCAGAAGCUCAGGGACACAUUCACUUGGAAUAAAAAUGAAUCAAUAAUAACCCCAGAGCAAUUCGCUGAAGUUCUCUGUGACGACCUGGAACUCAAUCCGAGCACAUUCGUGCCCGCCGUCGCGUCGUCCAUCCGACAGCAGAUCGACGCGUUCCCCAGCGAGCCCCCGGCCAUAUUGGAAGAGCAGAGCGACCAGCGGGUUGUCAUUAAGCUGAACAUACACGUUGGGAAUACUUCGCUUGUUGAUCAGGUGGAGUGGGACAUGUCAGAGAAGGAGAACAACCCGGAAGCAUUCGCGACCAAGCUCUGCGCUGAACUAGGCCUAGGCGGGGAGUUUGUAACAGGCAUCGCUUACUCCGUCCGCGGGCAACUCGGCUGGCAUCAGCGGACCUUCGCCUUCAGCGAGGCGCCUCUUCCUGUUGUUGAGACGCCGUACCGCCAGCCCUCGGAGGCGGAGACCUGGGCCCCGUUCCUGGAGACCCUCACGGACGCGGAGAUGGAGAAGAAGAUCCGCGACCAGGACCGCAACACGCGCCGCAUGCGCCGCCUCGCCAACACCACGCCCGAUGUGUCAUUGGGGCGCGCCGUGAACCGCCUGAUCCGCGCCGACGAGGCCCUCUUCCAGUCCACGCCGGAAAAGAGGAGGAAAAAGAUUUAAUCGCCCAGUACCGAGCUCGGAAGAAUGGUGACAAGUUUGUCAACACCCUGGCAAUAGGGAAUAUUACGCAAAACUUUGCGUAGGGGGCGCCACUAGCACAUACUGAGGGUGAAACACAAAAAUCGAAGUUUCGUUAUCUGGCUCUCUAUCACUUGCAUAUUCGAGCGAGUGGUAGAUAACAAAAUUUAGAUUUUCGGGUUACGCGGCAACGGCAAGCCCUCUGUAAACAAACCGCCUUGAUGCAUCCAAGUCAUAGUGAAAACUUGUCAAAAAACUGUUAAAGGCAUAGUAUGUAUAAGUUACUCUAUGGUUUACAAUAUGUGCUAGUGCUGCUCUCUGGCGGCAGAAUAUUGUAAUACCCCCUAUUAAACUGUUGGAAUACUUGUCAAGCUACUCGUUCUAAGAUUGAUUUUAACCCCUCAACUCAUGGGUUUAAAAACUUUACCAUUUAGAGGGUAAGGCCAAAUUAGCCUCAAAAAAGCUCGGUGUGCUCAACAGAUCGAGACAGUAUUUCACGCCGGCCCACCGCCUACAGCUGUAUAAAGCGCAGGUUCGCCCACACAUGGAAUACUGUUCUCAUCUAUGGGCAGGGGCACCCCAAUACCAGCUUCUCCCUCUGGACCGCAUCCAGCGAAGAGCGACUCGAAUUGUCGACUGCCAGCGUACUUCGGAACGGCUUGACUCCUUGGCGCUGCGUAGAGAUGUGGCCUCGCUCUGCAUUUUCUAUCGCGUGUAUAACGGGGAGUGCUCCGAGGAAUUGUUCGGAUUAAUCCCUGCAGCUUCUUUUCGCCAUCGCCCUACGCGAAAACAUUACCAUCCUCACCACUUAGAUGGUUGGCAGUCCUCAACUGUACGUUUCUCUAGAAACUUCCUGCCUCGCACAGCUAAACUGUGGAAUGAACUGUCGCCUGCGGUAUUUCCGGACCGAUAUGACCUUCAAACCUUCAAGAAAAGAGCGUAUUCCCAUCUUAAAGGCCGGCAACGCACUUACAACCCCUCUGGUGUUGCGGGUGUCCAUGGGCGGCGGUAAUCGCUUUCCAUCAGGUGAUCCGUCUGCUCGUUUGCCUCCUAUUUCAUAAAAAAAAAAAAAAAAAAAAAAAAAAAAAAAAACUGGCAAAAAUGCUUUUUAUAUUCUGUAGGAUAUAAUGAGAUGUCUGAAACACAUAAAUUAAGAAACGUGGGCAAAUUCUAUCGCUUUUUUGCUAAUCUUAAAAAAAAGAGGUAUAAAUUGGCAAGUUUUAUUAAUGCCAUUAAUGUUGACAGACUAAUAUCAUGACGCUCGUAAGAAUACCAUAAAAGUGUAGCAGUUAACCUUUUCGACGCCGUGUCAAACACAAAAGCUGUCUCUUGGACGCCACGUCACCGAAGUGUCAAAACUGAAAUUGAACUUUAUGCACAUGCACGUAGGUCUAUGUUGCCCUGUGAUCUGUCACGGAUUAAGCGGUCUUUGGCGUUGGACCUGCGGUGCCGAUAUAUCCGCCAUUGGCGUCCAAAAGGUUAAGAGAGAGACGGAUGGAACGAAUGAUUAAUGAAUGGAAUUACACAUCCAGGUAAAAGAAGUACCUAUAGAGAUAAAGAAUCUAAAUUUAAAACGCCGCUGUAGCAUUCCGUGAAGUUGAUUUUCAGGUAUAGGAGUUUCUUUUUCUGUGACAAAUGGUCAACAAUAUGGCCCUAUGGCACUAAUAAGGGGCUAUAGGUACCUAGUAAUUCGGGUAGAGACUCAUAAUCAUACUUCUUUUUUGCAUUAGAAAAAAGGGGUGUGAUCUUGUCUUUUUAUUGAAAAACACUUGAAAAGUAAGACAGCAAAUAUGUAACAAUUAUAACGCAUAUUAUGAUCAUAUACAUUCUUUAGGUUUCAAAAGUCACGUCAAGAUUGUUAACCUUUUUUCUAAUGGUAAAAAAACAAAGUAUAAUUAUGAGUCCUACCCAAAUUAUAUCCCUUAAUUUAAGAUCUGUCUAUAUAAAACACUUGAAUCUAUCUUGAAUUUAAAUCUCGUUAUGACUACUUAUGACGUAAGUAUUAACUAUCAUAUCAACAGAAAGAUUUCCCUGCCAUACGAAAUCAAGGAUCUUCAUAACGAACGGAUUUAACCAAGGAUUCCCUAACCAUUGGAGGGUUAAAAGGGAAAGGUAGUAUUCCUCGCGCGACAUUGCAGGCUCGCUUGUGCUAGUGACACGCAUUCGAAGAUACAUAGCUAUAUGUAUCGUAAUAAAUAAACGAGUAAGUAAUCAUACUACAUAGAACUUUAUUUUUACUUUGUCAUUGUGUUUCUAUUUCUAUUCUAUAUCUCUUAAUAUUCCAUUUAUUGUAAUCUGUUAGCGUUUAAGAAUUCUUGUCGUAUAAUAAAG